AUGUCGUCAAAGGCUUCCAAGCCCAAGUAUGAGUUCGAGCGCAGGCUUAUCCAGGCCGGCAACAAUCCCCUCCCGGAGAGCGAAUUGGUUACUCCAGCUGAGCCCGAAGACUACAUAUUCUACAUUGGCCGACCCUGGCCGCGCCUUUCUACCCCAGAAGCUGAGUUCGUGGCUAUUCUGCACGGCACGAAGAGCAAGGUCUGCCGGUGGAACUACACAGUUAUUCACAGUGACGGAAAAGGAGGAGAAAAGUGGGUGCAUGUGGAAAACUAUCACCCGCCUGAUCACUACAGGUGUGACCACAAGACCAUAAAGUACCAGGUCAUGGUAAUCAAGACAAAGGACCUGAAGAAGUAUGACCAUAUCUUCACGAGGUAUCAGGCCGACUGCAGCAGGGUGCUCUGCCACGCGGUACUGCUCGAUUGUCUCGAAUAUGGUCUCAUUGAAUUACCCAAAGUCUUAACUAUCGCCCGGGACAUGCGCUGGUCAAUGUGGACGUGCGAGAUUCGCAAGCUGCGUCUGCCUAAUGUGCCUUAA